CUUAUUACUAUUUAGUUCCUCCUCGCAAUGAAGCCCCGAGCCCCCGGGCUAACGUCUCUAUUGUACAUCACUGUCCUCUUCAUUUGCCUGCUCUCUUUCUCUGCUGCUCUAACCUCCCAACUAUCUGCUCUACUGGAGGAACCUGUGAAAUUGAGUAUACCUCGAGACAGGGCAAGGUCUUUGCACAUGAUUGUCGAAAAGGUUGUCGAUGCUGGGGAUAAUGCAGUGAUCAAUUUUGAUCUUCUCGUGGAGGCUAUGAGCAACCCCGAGAAUGAAUAUCUUUGUCAACUACCGAACUCUACGGAGCUCUUUGCACAAGCUGGUUAUCAGUUCCUAGAUGUGGACAAGAGUGAUAGUAAUGAUAAGGUGCAGGUCACAGCCUGUGAGCGAGUGGAUACAAAUGGAUCUACCACAGUUCCACCCCUACCGGAGCAGCCAGAAGCACUAGCAUUUGGCUGUAGCGCUUUCGAUGCGAUUUCGUCGAUGUCUCCGGAUCAGCUGUGUAUGGAAGAAGGAAGGAUGGCUUAUGAUUACUUUCAUUCACCCAUUCCCGCUGGCUUCAACAGUCAGUGUAACUGUCAGCAAGCAACUAGAUGCAAGGAUGGCGAGUCGUGGCCUGUUGACAAGGCCGGCAACACUUACCCGGGUCGAACAGCGGAUGAGGCAUGGUGGGAGGCGACUCGCGAUGACGAGUGGAAAUACGAUACAGCAGUGUGCACUACUACAGGUUGCUCUUGCUGGUUGGCUUGUACUAAGGAAGAGUAUGAUCCCUGUAAGGGAGUGUUUGUGGGGGAUGGCCAGCUGACGGUGAACCAGAUCAAUCAGUAUCUCUACGACGGGUACCCGCAGCCGCCGACACACGAUGGAAGUGGCUCGUCAACGACGAAUUCACAGGCCGAUCCUCAGUUCCGGUUGCAGUAUAGGAUUUCGGGUUUCAAUGAUAUGAACGCAGCGAUAGCAGAGGCUAAUCGAAUAAGGAAGUUGGCCCCCGAGCUCGGCGCUUCUGUGCAGAACGCGUUCGGGUCCGCAGCAGAGGUUGCCUUAACUGAGAAGAAUUCUAUCGAGAUGCUGGAAGUGGACAACCCUGUGUCCAAGGACCAGACUCGGAGCCUGUUGGGCAUUUUUUCCUACGUUGGAAUAUUGCCAUCCAGCUUUCAAUCGUGUGCGAGUGAUAUGGCGAGUGGUACGUUCGGUAGUGAUAAAAAUACGCAAGUCGCGAUACAAGAGCAGGCAGAGGACGUUAAGGUUUACACGGAGGUCCCUACUGGGAUGGAUAGCGAGAAAUCUGCGAAACAGAUGUGGAACCUAAUUGACGGUGCUAUGUUGACGAAUUGUGCUAGCCGGGCCAGUAUUAACAGCGGGGAUAUCCCGAUGAUGGAAGUACAGCAGGCGAGCGAUCCGGGCAGUGCUCCUACGACUCAUAAGAGCGCCUCUUUGCCAUG